AUGGCGCUGGAAAAGGCCUUGGCCAAUCUCCAGGCAGAAUCCAAAUGUCAGAUCUGUCUGGGUGAAAUGACAGACCCUGUCACGAUCGAAUGUGGCCACAACUUCUGUUCCACGUGCAUCACGCAGUCCUGGGCAGAUCUGGAAGGCAGGUUCCCCUGUCCCGUGUGCCGCUACCAGUGCCAGAAGAGCCCGCUCACGGGCAACCUGCAGCUGCGGCGGAUCCUUGCCAGGGCCAGGCAGCUGCACGGGCAGCUGAGCAAGACCCAGGAGGAGAAGCCACAGUGCGAGAAGCACGGCCGGGCCCUGACCCUUUUCUGCGAGCAGGACCUGGAGCUGCUGUGCGCGCUGUGCCCGUGGCUGCCGGCCCACCGGGGCCACCCCGUGAGGCUCAUCGAGGAAGCCGCCUCCCAGCACCGAGCGAGGCUCCACGGUUACAUGCAGGCUCUGAACAGGCAAGAGGCGGAGCUUCAGGAUGCGCUCGCCGCUCAGGCCCGACGCCAGGCGCAGCUGCAAGAGACCAUGGAGAGCGAGAGGACGAAGCUGUGCUCCGAGUGCAAGCAGCUGAAGCAGCUGGUGGACCGGGAGCAGCAGGCGGUGCUGUCCAGGCUGGGGAGGGAGGAGCGGGAGAUGGUGCAGAAGCUGCGCGGCUGCACGAGGCGGUUCGCGCAGCACGUGUCGGCGAUGGAAGCGCUGCUCGCCGAGGCGUCGGAGAAGAGCGUGACGCCCGACGUGGAGCUGCUGAUGGGCGUCGGGAGCCUCUUCCGCAGGUGCGAGGACGUGCAGCCCCCCGCCUUCUAUCUAUUCAAGUUCACGAGGCACGGGUAUUGCCUGCCUCCCCGGUUCUCCACGCUGCAGGCAAUUAGACAGAAGUUUCGCGAAGCGAUUACUCUGGAUCCCGAAACGGCAGCUCCUCCCCUGCUCGUCUCCGGGGAUAGGAAGUCCGUGCGCUGCUGCUUGAAGCCCGGGCGAGGCGGCCCCGGGAGCCCAGCGCGCCCCGAGCGCUGCGCCGCCGCCGCCGCCGCCGCCGCCGCCGUCCUGGGCGCGCAGAGCUUCGGCGCCGGGCGGCACUACUGGGAGGUGCGGGUGGGCGACAAGGCCGAGUGGGCCGUGGGGCUUUGCAAGGACCCCGCUGGGGACGGGGACGGGCGCCCGAGUCGCCGCUGGGUGCUUCGGCGGCGGGGCGGCGCCUACGUGGCUGAGCACACGGUCUCCGUCGCGCUUGAGCUCGCCGAGAAGCCCAGCAGGAUUGGCAUCUACCUGGACUACGAGCUGGGUGUGAUUUUCUUCUACAACCUGAGUGACAGGACUCACAUCCAUUCUUUCAGGGAUAAGUUUUCAGAAGCACUGAGGCCUUAUUUCCACGUUGGAGAGGAUUCCAAACCUCUGUCCUUCCAGUGA